AUGGUUUCUUCUGAGGACACAAGGACUCGACGGCAGGGCUUGCUCACGCUGCGCGCCCUCCUGCAGGUGCACCUGUGCCGCGGAUUAGACGCCGUCGCCGCGCCGCUUCUCCCCGAGAACUUCCUGGUCUCCCACGCCGACGUCAUUCCCGGUAUUCUCCGCACCUCCAAGGCCGGGAAGCUCACCACUCACACCUCUGGCACGGCCACCAACCUGAGGAACCCCGCAGCCUGCAAGACGGCUGGGGUCGUCAUUCAAGACCUCAGCGUCGUCAUGCCUUCGGACAUUCGAUCCGCCUUCCUAUCCUCCAUGCACGACUUCGCCAGAGACGGCCGGGCUAAUUGGAACGGGACUGAGUCGAGGCAUGGGGAGCUGCGAGUGGAUUACGUGAUCAGGGCGGGAGCGCACAACGGGAUGAGGGCGGUGGGCACCUGGGCGCGCUGCGGCGCGUCGUUCGAAGAGGGCGGCUCCGGGAAGGCCGCGCUGAGGGCCAGGGGGACCAUGGCAGUGGGCGGCGUUCCUGGGGACGCGUGUGUGGUGAUUGUGGUGGAGGUGCUCAUGGUCGCCAGGAAGAGGAAGCUCGAGGAGGCGGUUGAGGCGGCGGAAUGCGUUGCGCUGUGGGGCGCUUUCCCUCCCUAUUCGCUGGUGGACCCAGGUGGAGCGUCCGUCGUACAAGAGGGUCUCCGCGAAGUGAACCUCGACAUCCACCAAGAAGAUGCGUUGUCCCCAG